UUGCGGUAUUACCAUAUAUAUAUAUAUAUAUAUAUAUAAAUGUGUGUGUGUGUGCAUUUAUUAUAUACAAUUACGGUUCCGCUGGGGUAUGGUGCCCUCUCAUAAACCCUAACAAUAAAGAAAAAGAGGUGGUGUAAAACCUCAGAGACCAGAGGGCAGAAGAAGGCAGAGGCCAUGACUAUGACUCUAGGUAGGAAUAAUAUGAGCAUGAACCUCGCCACCACCACCACCAAACUCACCUGCCAAACCCUGGGCAAUCCAUCCAAAGAAUGCAGCAACUGCGGUGUCCACGUGCCCUACUUUCUCCACCAGGUUCGCCUUCUCGGCAUCCAGCGCCGCCUCUGCACCUCCUGUGUCCUCCGACUCCACCCAAGCUCCUUCUGUCCUGCCUGCUUCGCCUUCUACGGCGGCACCCUUCCCCACCCUUCCAAGCGUAUCGCCUGCUCCAACUGCUCCUCCUUCACCCACUCUCACUGCGCCGGUGACAACUUGCUAUCGUCCUACCUAUGCCCACCCUGCAAGGACUCCUCUUUCUCUUUCUUUCCUCUCAAGGACAAUAAGAUUGACAAGAAGCUCGCUCUCGCCUUGCUCUGUGCCGCCAAGAUUGCCUCCUCCUCCAUGGGGAAGGCCCUGACCGUAGCGUGGACCGAGGCUGACAGGAAGGUAAGGGAGGCGGCGCUUGCUAGAAAGCGGGCAAGGGAGGCCCUGGAACAUCUCCUCCAUAUUACACGUGAGGAGAGGGCCAGAAAGAAGGAGAAUGAGAAUGUCUCCGCGGACCUCUCGGAUGCCAAUCUUGCCAAGGUUGAGGACUUGGACUUGGACAUGGACACCGGUGACGGUGAUGGUGAUGGAGAUAUCGAUCUUGAUCUUGUGCGCCAGUUGGAAGAUAGUCUCGUUAAGGACGAGGAUAUUGAUUGUAAAUUCAAUUGAGUUUCUAUUUCAUUUUUCUGGAGGCAUCAAGCUUGAAAACAAGGCUGUACAUCGAUUUGAAAUUCUGAUUGGUUUUCUAACUCCGUUUAAGCCACAACUGGUGGUUUGCAGAUGGGUUGAUACCAAUGAGUUUCUGACCCUGAGAUAGUAAGACGACUCCUGAUUGUCUCCCCCCUUUUUUCAUGUUUUCCUUUGUGUUUUGAUUUCUUCUUCUAUUGUUUAGUAGAUGAUCAUACAACUCUAUACUGUAAAA